AAGAGGCGAGACGUAUGUAACCUUUGACCUACAUUUCCGCUCCGCCAUCUUGGAAAAGAAGAUAGUACAGUGGGGGGACGUGGAAGUUUUGGCGAUUUUGCGGAAGAAAACGGCAAAGCGGACAAGAUUUCAAGAUGUCUUGCUCUAUGCUGUAUAUUCUAGACCUGAAGGGGAAGGUGAUGAUUUCCCGUAAUUACCGUGGGGACAUCGAGCCGUCGGUGAUCGAUAAGUUCAUGCCACUGCUGAUGGAACGUGAGGAGGAGCUGCAGACGUCUCCCAUCAUCAGCACCGAGGAGGUCACCUUUGUGUACAUCAAGUACAACAACCUGUACAUGGUUGCCACCACCAAGAAAAAUGCCAAUGUGGCACUGGUGUUCAGCUUUUUGUACAAAGUUGUACAGAUUUUCAUGGAGUAUUUCAAAGAGCUGGAAGAGGAGAGCAUCCGAGACAACUUUGUCAUCAUCUACGAGCUGUUGGAUGAAGUUAUGGACUUUGGCUAUCCACAGACAACAGACAGCAAAAUUCUGCAGGAGUAUAUCACACAGGAGGGCCACAAGCUGGAAACCCAGGUACGACCACCCAUGGCUGUCACCAAUGCCGUGUCCUGGAGGUCAGAGGGCAUCAAGUAUCGCAAGAACGAGGUCUUCCUGGACGUGAUUGAGUCGGUCAACCUACUCGUGAGCUUAAACGGUCACGUACUGCAGAGCGAGAUCGUCGGGGCCAUCAAGAUGCGUGUAUUCCUGACGGGCAUGCCCGAGCUACGUCUGGGGCUCAACGACAAAGUCUUGUUCCAGAAUACCGGAAGAGGGAAGAGCAAGUCUGUGGAGCUGGAGGAUGUGAAGUUCCAUCAGUGCGUGCGGCUGUCCCGUUUUGAGAACGACCGCACCAUCUCCUUCAUCCCGCCGGAUGGAGAGUUCGAGCUGAUGUCAUACAGACUCAACACACAUGUAAAGCCACUGAUCUGGAUUGAGUCUGUGAUCGAGCGGCAUUCCCACUCCCGUGUGGAGUACAUGAUCAAGGCCAAGUCUCAGUUCAAGCGCCGAUCCACUGCCAACAACGUGGAGAUCAUCAUUCCCUGCCCGAGCGACGCCGACUCCCCCAAGUUCAAGACGACUGUAGGGAAUGUGAAGUGGGUUCCGGAGAACAGUGCAAUGGUUUGGUCCAUCAAGUCAUUCCCUGGAGGCAAGGAGUACCUGAUGCGGGCACAUUUUAACCUGCCGAGUGUUGAGAGAGAGGAGACAGAGGGACGGCCGCCCAUCGCUGUCAAGUUUGAGAUUCCCUACUUCACCACCUCUGGGAUCCAGGUUCGCUACUUGAAAAUCAUAGAGAAGAGUGGCUACCAGGCACUACCAUGGGUCAGGUACAUCACACAAAAUGGAGAUUAUCAACUAAGAACCAGCUAGAGGGCAGAGAACUCGAGCCAACUACCCCAUCGUAAUAGCCAAGACAUGCAGAUAUUAGUAAUAGAUAUGAUGAUGUUAUAUCAGUAUAGCUUACCAUUAUUUCAUUAUAUAAGAUAAUUACACUUGAUUUUGACAGAUUAAGAAUAAUUGGUUUUAGACAUAGCCAAAUGCUUGAAAUUGAAAUGAUGGUAGAGCUAUCGAUAUUGGGGUACCGUACCUUAGUUUUAUAGCUACGACAGUUUUGGUAUUGUAACUAUGAUAUCUGUGAGAUGUAAUUGUAUAAAAAUUGGGUAUCGUAAUGAUUGAAUGUGAGAUGGUUUCAUUCAUGUAUCUUCAAAUGAACAAGUUAUUUGCAGCAAAACUAUGAACAGAUGGAGUUUAAGUGAACGAUUUUGAUUUUCCUGCAAUCAGAAGCUCCUGGUGUCAGUAUUUGCUAUAUUCUACUGUUAUACCCAACAUGAUGAGUUACUUUUCCAAUAAAUGAGUAUAUGAAAUCUUUUUUAUGCCUGUAUCAUUUCCUGUCAAAUAACAAAAUUGAUAUGAUUAUUGCGUCUUUAACAAAGUCUAUUAUCAAUGAACUCUGUUAUCAAUGUACUGCUGGCUUAUUGCAACCAUAAAACUAAACAUUUUCAGACAUGUCCAAAGAUAUUUGUGACACACUUGUAACCAAAACAUUGUUGACUUGCAUACCACAGCUUCUGGAAAAGGCACAUGCACUUAUUGAUGAAAAUACUCUGGCAAACUGAUGUAAUUAUGAAUAAAAACAUCUCCAUUUUUAGUCAGGAAUACUAUAAGUCUGAUUUUGCAAUGAGAACAAUAAAUCAUAUCCUCAGUAA